GCCUAUCACCCCACGUCCACCGAGCCGAUCGGAUUGGGUAUCCGUCCGCUUAUUAUGACUAGAAUGAGACACUGGCGCCAUUCGUUGACCAUCCCAGUCACACGUGCUGGGUGAGGGAAAUGUGCCUAUGGUGGAAAUACGGGAUAGUUAUUGGAUGCCAUUGGGAAUGUCAGGGUCCUCUACGGUGCUGAGUCGAGACUCAGAUGAGACAUCUGAUAACUACUCCCCUUCCUUUUCCAAUCAGGCCUACGAAGUGCAUCCUUGAGACCAGAAAACAUUGCGGUAGGAACCACACUCUCUGAAACCAACCUUUUUCAGUAUGUUGUCGGAAAAAUGCCAUCAUCUGGCGCCAGUGAUUUCAUAUCGUGCAACGCUGGGAUGAUACUUCCCGUUCGACUGCCGAGAUUGCCAAUAGGAAUGCGGAUCAUCUAUCGGACGGCUCGCGUGCAGCUCCCUGCCUCUCUGGCUUGUGUCACCCACUUCAUCCGAGGUCCGAGUGGCAUCAUGGUGAAAGUUCAUCAAAACUUCACCGACAUAGCGUACAGGUUUCAAAGGGGCACGGGGGAUUCAUCCCUGCCAUUGGUCGUCCCCUCUGCUCCUAUCGAGACAAUUAAUUUGGGGGUACAUACACUCAGCAAAAAGAGGACGAUACGAAUGAUGUUGGGAACAUGACCCCUCCAACGAUUGGCUCAUGUCAAGCUUUUCCUGGCACGAGGUGUGGAUACUUCGGCCAAACUUUGUUCGGGCCCGAGCGAAAGGAGUAUAGCUUCAUGUUCCUGGACAUUUGGGCUGGUCGAGAAUGUGGCUGUGGAUGAUCCGUGGAACUGCCCACUGUUUACGCAGGAAGUUUCUGUUUGAAUUACCGUUCAGACAAUGGUGUCUAGUGGUAAUAUUCAUGCAUGUGUGUCUUACUUGAUUGUGGUUUUGGAGGGUGGUGUUGAGCGAGACAGGUAAGGUAGUAUGCUAAUCUACAGAUUGUGCUGGGGCGACUGUUCUGCCGCAGGACUCUACUCUCUGUCUCGUGCUAUGGUAGAACAUACGUAGGCGUGGGUUACUCCCUGGUUAGUGUGAUUGUCUGUCAACCGAGUUGAUCGCACUUGUUGCUCCUACAGUGUUCCGUCGGAUCCAUGGGAGUAGCCAGCCACUGAAUACACCACAGGUGACUUACUGACUUUUGUGGAUAUGACGGUGAGAGUUACCGCUCAGCUCUAUGAAUACUUAUUGUAUAUCUCUCGUGAUAUUAAUUUAUUAUUGAGUGCCCUACUACUACUGUAUUCACUAUCAUGCGGCUGAGUGUGGCCCCUUCUCUAUAUAACCAGGACAGUACUCAGGCACCCUAUCACACACUCUCCAUAACACUGGGUACUACUACUGAUACGAAUGGAGUAAUGAUAUAUAAUGCGAAAUAUCUCUUUAUCUAGUAUGAUAUGAUCAUGAUGGCAAUCUAAGCGGAAUACUAUAUAUAUAUCUUGAUCCCCUUUGCCCAUACAGUUUCGGUCACUUGAAAGUUGC